AUGGCUUGGAGACGCCUGGCCACGGCGCCGACGCUCUCGCGUGCUUCCAGAAACCCGGCCCGCGCGUUUUCCACAACACGGCCGGCUGCCCGGGUCUUCGGCAACGGGCCGCUCCGUGCGAAGGAGGCAUCACCGUUCCUCAGUAGCAAGUACCCGGUCAUCGACCAUGAGUACGACGCCCUCGUCGUCGGUGCCGGUGGCGCUGGUCUGCGUGCCGCCUUCGGUCUAGCCGAGGCUGGCUUCAACACUGCUUGUAUUUCCAAGCUCUUCCCCACAAGAAGUCAUACCGUCGCCGCUCAAGGUGGCAUCAACGCCGCGCUUGGGAACAUGCACGAGGACGACUGGAGAUGGCACAUGUACGAUACCGUCAAGGGUUCCGACUGGCUCGGUGACCAGGACGCCAUCCACUACAUGACCCGUGAGGCGCCCGCCUCCAUUAUCGAACUCGAACACUACGGCUGCCCCUUCUCCAGAACCGAGGAUGGCAAGAUCUACCAACGUGCGUUCGGUGGUCAGUCUCAAAAGUACGGGAAGGGUGGUCAAGCCUACCGCUGCUGCGCCGCCGCCGACCGUACCGGCCACGCUCUCCUUCACACCCUCUACGGCCAGUCGCUCAGGCACAACACCAACUACUUCAUCGAGUACUUCGCCAUCGACCUGAUCAUGCAGGACGGUGAGUGCCGUGGCGUCCUCGCCUAUAACCAGGAGGACGGCACGCUCCACCGCUUCCUCGCCAACAACACCGUCCUGGCCACUGGUGGAUACGGCCGCACCUACUUCAGCUGCACCUCGGCCCACACCUGCACUGGUGACGGCAUGGCUAUGGUCGCCCGCGCCGGUUUGCCCAACCAGGAUCUCGAGUUCGUCCAGUUCCACCCUACUGGUAUCUACGGCGCCGGUUGCCUGAUCACCGAGGGUGCCCGUGGUGAGGGUGGCUACCUCCUCAACUCGGAGGGUGAGCGUUUCAUGGAGAGGUAUGCGCCGACGGCCAAGGAUCUUGCCAGCCGUGACGUUGUCUCGCGGUCCAUGACCAUGGAAAUCCGUGACGGCCGCGGCGUUGGCGCCGAAAAGGAUCACAUCUUCCUCCAGCUGAGCCAUCUGCCCGCCGACAUUCUCGCUGAGCGCCUCCCCGGUAUCUCCGAGACUGCUGGUAUCUUUGCCGGCGUUGACGUCACCAAGCAGCCCAUCCCCGUCCUACCCACCGUCCACUACAACAUGGGCGGUAUCCCCACUCGCUACACUGGUGAGGUUAUCACUGUGGAUGAGAAGGGCAACGACCAGGUUGUCCCUGGUCUUUUUGCCUGCGGUGAGGCAGCCUGCGUCUCCGUCCACGGUGCUAACCGCUUGGGUGCCAACUCCCUGCUCGACUUGGUCGUCUUCGGCCGUGCCGUCUCGCACACCAUUCGCGACAACUUCACGCCUGGCGCCAAGCUGAAGCCCAUCGAAGCCGAUGCCGGUGCCGACUCGAUCGAGGUCCUCGACCAGGUCCGCACCGCCGACGGCCCCAAGAGCACCGCCGAGAUCCGCCUUGCCAUGCAGAAGACCAUGCAGAGGGAAGUCAGCGUCUUCCGCACCCAGGAGAGCUUAGACGAGGGUGUCAAGCAGAUCACCGAGAUCGACCAGAUGUUCUCGCAGGUCGGCACCAAGGACCGCAGCAUGAUCUGGAACUCGGACCUUGUCGAGACUCUUGAGCUUCGCAACCUGCUCACUUGCGCUACCCAGACUGCCACUGCCGCUGCCAACCGGAAGGAGUCGCGUGGUGCCCACGCCCGCGAGGACUACCCCGACCGUGACGACAAGAACUGGAUGAAACACACGCUCAGCUGGCAGAAGAAGCCGCACGGCAAGGUCGACCUUUCGUAUCGGCGCGUCAUCGGCACCACCCUCGACGAGAACGAGUGCAAGCCCGUGCCGCCCAUGAAGCGUGUCUACUAA